CAAAGAGUGAAAUUACAACCUAAAGGACCUACCAUACCUUCUUUUGGAGUGACCUUAGUGCCAGUGGGAGCCUUGCCUACUUUUCAAGGCUAAGAAGACUCAUUUUCUGCAGGUAAACCAAAAGCUUUCAGGAAAUGCUUUCUGCUAUUCCACUUUUUCUGGUUAUUCAGCCGGGACCUCUGUCCUGUUUUCAGAACCAGGGCAAGCCCUUGGACAUGAUCUGCCCUGUGUUUGCAAGAACGGCAGCAGCAACUACACAUCAAUAACUUUUCUCACUGAAUCCCACUGGAUGCUGCAUUUUGCCCCGGUCACAAGUGGUGACGUUUUCCUCAUCUGUCUGGGAAGAUUAGUUUCAACUGCACAUUUAAAAGAUGGCUGAGGAAGAAAAACAAUCUCAAAAGAAAGCAAUUCAGUUUGGUUUUAAUGGGUAUAUUCCAUCAGCACAACUAUGCAUCAGAAAUGAAAAUGCCGCCAAAAGUUGUUAUGCUUGUUUAGACAACGUGCAAAUAAAACACAUGUGACUGGUCCACUAGGAAAAAAAAAAGCUGGAUCCCUAAUGGAGAGCUGCUGUCAAAUAAGAGCCAGCAGGAAAGCCAUAGACUCAACCUUACCUUUAAAUUAGUUAAUUGAAAUAGCCUGUUGCAAUUUUGUAAUACAAAGACCAUGUUAGCUGCAGGCAAAAGGAUUUCUGCAUUCCCAAGCUACAAGAAAUCUUUUCUUAAAUUUUAUAUUUAAUUUAUCUUAUUUUUUGCUAUAAUCAGCAAUUUGAAAGAGGAUCCCUAAAGUGAACAUGCCAGUUGAAAAUAUACAUAAUAACAAGGAGAAGAAUGAUAAGCUCCAGGGGUAAGCUGUUAAUUUGUGUCUUAGAAACAAAAUUCACAUACAGGUCAAAUGUCCGAUGAAAUGGGUCGCAAAGAAACACGCUACUUACAGACUUUAAAUUGUGAUUCAAUGGCCCAGCAAGACAUGAAGAUGCGACCAGUGCUGCUGAAAAGGAACAGCCUGGACUCGGCCGACUGUGUGAGACACCCCCAGCACCGCAGGACCAAAUCCCAGCAGGUUCGGUUCAAGGAUGACGGUGUCAGCACCAAGGCGGAGCUGGAAGCCAAUCCUGCCCGAGACACAGCACUCACAACCGGAAAAACAGAAAUACUUAGGGAUCACAGCUUUUUGCUGACUCAGUCUCCAGCUUUUCCAAGGGCUCAGAAGGGGCUUCGGAAUAUUGCCAUACAAACUUCUCCCAGCCUCAGGAAACACUUCCCGGUUUUUAAAAGGAAAAAGCUGACAGUAAGCAAAUCACUGACAGAAAUGCCAGCAGAGCCUGCAAACUCCCUCCAGGUAAAUGGCAGUCUUUGUGAAGCAGACAUUCUGUCCUCAGAGCUCUGCUACUUGAGGAUAAGCAAUCACCUGGAGGAUGGAUGCAGGAACAGGGAGGUGGGCUUGGGUCAAAGGUCAUCAAAAGCACAAAGCAAUGGGCCGAGGUACUCGGAUGAUUUCUCAGCGUCAGACAAGACAACUGCGUCUACACAGGUGCCUGAAUACAUUCAUGUGAGUUUUCCACAAGACAGAAACGUUCCCCCGGAUGCCCCAGACACAACCACAGUUUUGGGUAAUUUGCUGCAUUCCUCUACCGUCAUCAACAGCAACGAAAGUCAUGAGAACAGCACACUGUCAUCUGAUUCUGAAAGAGCAGAGCCUUGCCUCGGCAAUUCUACCACCUGCAGUGAAUGUAACCCCCACUCUGCUGCUGGUGAAGUGCAGAAAAGCGACUCUGAGCUGCCUGGAGCCAGCAAAGAUGCCAGCAGUAAGGAGACUACUACACUGUCACCCCCAUCAAAUCACAGCUCAUCUCCCGGUUUCCUCAGAGACUGUCACCAGGCAGGAGAGCACAAGCCAGGUUCCAGCUGCGUGACGUUACCCAGCAGUGAUGACCCGGCGGCGUCACUGACCAGCAGUAAUGCAUCAAAACCCUGUCUGCCAUGCAGUACUGAAAUCGAGAGAAAUUCCACCCACUCAGAUGUUUCCCAGUGUAACAGCUGUUUAGAAGGAUUUCACAUAAAGUCUUAUCCGCCAAGGAAUGAAAUAAACCCGCAAAGCAACAAAGAGAUUAACGAAAUAAAUCAAAUUCACUUGGCGCAUGGCGAACUCUGUGCCCUACAAGGCAGGCUGCAGUCUGUAGAGGAAUCCUUGCAGUCGAACCAGGAGAAGAUUAAAGUCCUUUUGAAUGUAAUCCAAGAUCUGGAAAAAUCCAGAGCCCUCAGUGAAGGGCGUAACUUCUACCACACCGGGCAGGACCUCAACAACUGCAGCACCUGCCAGAACACGGCGUGCAUCAUUUACAGUGUAGAAUAUGAUUUCAGACAACAAGAAGGAAGAUUUCACCAGAUUUUGAAAACACUGGACAGUGCAGAGCAAAAUCCAGCUUCAGCUUCACCUCAGAAGCCACCACCCGAUCCUCCAGCUCCCGAAAGAAAGGAGUUAAGGAGAAAAACAAAAAAGGUGAAAAGAAAAUGCUUCUGGUGGAUUUGACUUCCUCAUGCGUCCUUUUACAUUUCAAAAGACACUAAAACAGAAAGAGCUUGAGAGCACAUGCCUGAAAAUGAAAAUGUGCUAUUAUGAAAUCACAAAGGUUAAGAAUGCUUAAUUAAAGUAUCGGAAAAAUCAAAAUAAUUGAAUUUAAUUAAAUCAGCUCACUGAAGGUGCAUGAAGGUACUACUUUCAAGAAAAGAAAUGGUUUCUUUCAAAAGGAAGUUCUCAUUUUUUUCCAAGGACACUUUCAUAUGCUUUGUAAAGACCUUUUUUUCAACUUUCCAAAAAUAACAAGGUUUAAAUCUCUACUUUAAAAACGAGUGGUAGACAAAGUUUAGCAUAUCACACAACCUUCUUUUCCCAUUUAAAAGCAACAUGAACUAAAAGGAAAAAAACUUCAUUGAGCUUUGAACAAACCACAUCUUCAGGAACAAUUUCAGGGAGACCUAAAUUGUUCAAACAAAUCUCUCCUCAAAGGAGACAAUUAUAAUUAUUUCACAUCCCCACUGAAAUAUUUUUGUUGCUGUCAUCUAAUAUUGAACAACAAACAAAAUAAUUUCAGGUUAAGUUUUAGCUCUGUGCUUUUUUUUUUGUUCAUUAUAAAAAGCCACCAUUUAGAAGUUCCAGCCAUUUAAUGGACUUCUCUGAAAAGAAUUGGGGAGUUGUAAAACAAGAGAAUGUCUCAGUAACUCUUGUCUUAAACCCCUGCUCAAGCAAGGUCCAGUUCAGUGAAUUUGAGUCAGGAGUAUCUCCAAAGACAAGAAUCCUCGGCUCGUUGGGGAAGGCUGUUCCAGGGUUUUCUUCUAACAUUAAUCUGAAUUUUCUGCAUUCUGAUGUGUGUCCAUCACAUCUUGCUCUGUCCAAGCACACCUAUGAGAAGAACUCCAUGGAUAAUGAGACCUCUCUCCUAAGCCUCCACUUCUAAAAGACUGAGCAAAUCCAACUCCCACUGCCUCUCAUCUCCCACGCUGCAGCCACAGCCAUCCUGUGGUGUCCCUCCUGUGAGCUGAUGACUUUCAUACACCAGGGAGCCUAAAACUGGACACAACGCCUCAGAGGUCAUCCCACAAUUGCUGGGUAAAGAGGAAUAACUAUUUUGGCUGCUGUCUUACUGAAUCAUUUGCCCAGUCUAUCCAUUUACGACCUGUAUUGCUGUACCAAAAUAUCCCGAGAUUGUUUUUCGCCUUAAGAUGUAAAUUAAUAUAUGAUAAAAAAUUGAACAUGAAAAUAAUAUUUAGUGAACUGUAUUACACACACACACACAAAUUAUAUGUGCUGAAAAGAUUUUAUCAAAUGUCAAUGCAGCUACUUCUUCCCUCCAAAAAUACUCAAGCUGCCAUUAGCACAGGGUGUGCCAAUGGAACCCAAUUUAUGAAUGGUGAUCCUGUUAUUUUACUCAUGAAAACACGGUCACCUUUCAUACGGGGAGCAGGAGGGAAAAGGUUUUCCAAAGCAAGUUGAGUGGAAUGUACUGCAGACCUUUUCUAGGAAGUGGCCCUGGUUCAGGGUAUUCCACAGAUUAAUCCCUGCUUCUUAUUUUUCUAAGUCAUCCUGUAUUAAUUGUGCAAUGUUAAUUUUAAAUGUCUGUACAUUUUUUGUACACUUCUGUGUUCCUUGA